AUGUUGAGAAACAUAUGGUGGACUUUAUCAGCAUCGAUUUUCUUGUAUAUACUGUGUCUUCCAUCAUCGGAGGCAGGAAUCUUGUGGUGGAUUUUUUGUUUCCUUUUUGGAGGCGAGGAAGCUUGCGGAUCUGACGGAUCGGGAUUUAUUGUUCCUAAUAGCACUAUGGAUUUGUCAGGGCAAGGUGGUUCACAUUCAUCCGGAGGUGGAUCGUCACAUACAGUGGACAGUAGGGAGUGA